AUGAUGUACCUCAUCUUAGCUCUGCUACUACCUAGUAUCGUACAAGGAUCAAGAGGAGAUAUCCAAUGGCGGCCCGCCAGUAGGAUGCGUCCUGGCGAUCGUAGGACGACACCCGUCUCCCCAAUAGAUCUGACCCCACAGGAACAAACUCUAGUAUCAUCUUUCGACAACACCUCGAUAGCAUCUUGGUCUAGCUAUUACUCUCACAGGCGAAAUCUCACGGGAGAAAGCCGCAAAGUGCCCGAAUGGACAGCUUCGAAAUGGACCGAGUAUGGUUUUGACACUAGACUAGACAGCUAUCAUGUCUAUCUAAACUACCCCAUCAACCAAUCCCUCACACUAAAAUACCCCAACGGAAGCACCGACAACCUCUCUCUCUCAGAACCUAUCUUUGAAGAAGACCCUACAACGAACUCUUCUAACCGGAUCCCCGCAUUCCACGGAUACUCCGCCUCAGGCAAUGUCUCAGCGCCAUACGUCUACAUCGGCUAUGGCACAACCCAAGACCUCAAGCGCCUCGUCGCCCAAAACAUCUCCCUGGCUGGCAAAAUCGGCCUCGCAAAGCACGGCGGCCUCUUCCGCGGCACCAAAGUCCGCAACGCGCAAUCCUUCAACCUCACCGGCCUUCUCCUCUUCACCGAUCCCGCCGACGACAAGGAAAUGGCACCACCAAAGUACGCACCGUAUCCCGAUGGGCCCGCGCGCAACCCGCAGAGUAUACAGCGCGGCAGCGUGCUGGAUCUAAGCAAGUAUCCCGGAGAUCCGACGACGCCCGGGUAUGCGUCCAAGGAGGGGGUGAAUAGGACGGAAAAGGGGAAUGUUCCGGGGAUACCGAGUUUGCCUUUGUCGUGGGUGGAGGCGCAGGGUUUGCUGGAGACGUUGAAGGGGCGCGGGGUUAAAGAGGAGGGUGAUGGUGGGUAUUUCAGUGGGCCGUCUGAUGCGGUGCUUGAGAUGAGGAAUGAGAUGAAGGGGAGUAUUGAGUGGAUUCACAAUGCAAUUGGCAUUGUGAAUGGUACGGAGGCAGACGAGGUUGUUAUUGUGGGGAAUCAUCAUGAUGCUUGGACGGUUGGGGGUGCUGCGGAUCCGCAUUCUGGUUCGGCGAUUAUGAUUGAGUUGGCCAAGGUGAUUGGUAAGCUCUUGAAGACUGGGUGGAAGCCGAGACGAACGAUUAUUUUCUGCAGUUGGGAUGCGGAGGAGUAUGGGUUGGUGGGAAGUACCGAGUGGGUUGAGGAGUACACUCCCUGGCUCAAAGACACAGUUGUAUCCUACCUAAACAUCGAUGUUGGAGUCUCUGGUACCAUCCCUGACUUCAGUGCCUCUCCUGACCUGCAUGCCUUGAUCCUUGAGGCUGCAAAAAAGGUCAUAUGGCCCCAUGGCGAACAACGUACAAUCUACGAUGUCUGGAACGAAAAUUCUGGCAAGAUUGGCCUUCUGGGCGCACAGAGCGACUAUACAGCGUUUGUACAUCGCUGCGGAAUUUCUGCCAUGGACAUUGGUACUACGCGAGCGCCCCUGGAUCCAAUCUAUCACACCCACUCCAACUUUGAUAGCUAUCACUGGAUGACUAAGUUCGGCGAUCCAGGAUUUGCGAAGCACAAGGCGAUUGGACAGUUUCUGGGCUUGAUGCUGUUCCACCUGGUAGACGACGCUAUUGUGCCGCUUAACAUAACCAACUUUGCUAUAGAGAUGAAUGAGUGGCUUUCGGAUAUCAAGGAGCUUGUAUGGCCUCUGGGUUCCAAGGCACAACACCUAUUCUACCGGCUUCAACGUGCUAUUGACUAUUUCGACGAACGGACAAUGUGGUUCCAUGGUGUCUAUGUACUGGCUAGGGCGUUCAAGGCAGAAGAUGCAUUCAAACCCCUGAAUCGCAACGCUCGCGAUAUUGGGCGGAUGUUCAUCGAUCAAUACGCACUUCCUGGAAGGCCAUUCUAUCAGCAUCUUUUGUUUGCACCAGGAAUCGACACAGGAAACAGGCCUGUUACUUUUCCUGCCAUUAGGGAAGCCGUUUCUACGGGUGACUUCGCCCUAGUGAUUGAGUCCUUGCGCAUGACCAUAGACACUGUGGAACAAGCAUCAAUGUUACUGAAGAAAUCACCAAGUUAG